UCUCUCACUUAUGCACGUCGCCUGCUGGGCUGAGAUCAGUCGGGAAGAUCAUCGAGCGAGCACGAGAAGCGGCACCAGCGCGAAUUGUAUCCUAGUGGAUGAGGAAGAUUGUUUUUGUUUAUUUGCACGCGUCAACUCGACCGUCCCCGGGCACGGAGAAGACCAGGAUGCCGACGCUUUUCGGGGGACCAGCUGUCACCAGCACCAGAGGAUCCAAAGCAUCUCCACCAAGGAUGGCUGUCCGUAGACCCGCCCCGUCUCUUGUCUAACACCUCCACAUGCGGCCUCUGGUCUCGGCCCAGCAGUCCACCCCUGCCACAUCCUCCAGACGAUGGGUUGCGUCAAAUCCAAGGGGAGCGCUUCCCGCCGAGACAGUGAAGCGGCGCGGGGCGACAAGGCCUACUUGGUCCGCUCGGAGGACGGUUCCCCUCGGGCCGACCCGGCGCUGCUGGAGUACGCCCAGAAACUCUCGGAGGAGAUCAUGGCCCGGGCUGUGCAGCAGUGGGCGGAGGUGGACCGGCGUUACGGCGACAUCCCGUACAUCGAGUGCGACGUGCCGUGACCAUGAGGGACCAAAUGUUCCGGAGACCAUAACAUCAAAGUAGAGGAAGUGACUUUUGGACUUUCAGGGGUCAGCACAGCGACAUGUUAGGCGACAUCAGCCAUUUUUUAUCGGAGCUCGGGGACGCCGGUGGCUGGGAAUUGGCGUGAAGCUCUUGCCCCAGGGACCUUGACGGAUGUUACCGUUCGCCCC